AUGACUGUGAGGUUCCUAACCAUCGUGUGUUAUUUUCUUUGCGGUGUUGCGUUAACAUACACUGAAACAUAUGAUUUGAUCAUUAUUCCGGUGCCAAAGAAUGCUCCAAUCCGAGCGGAGAAUGUUUUUAAAUUGACUGGACAAAUAAGACCACCUAGAGAUCGUUACACUCAAAAGAAUAGAAACAAUGGUUUGUUCAGAUUGGACAUUGCGAACUACGAGGAUCCCACUGAAAUGCCUGAUAUUGACAAUUUUGACUAUAACAAUGACAGAAGUGACACUAGGGACGCUACAGAUUACGACAACUAUGGUGAAAAUAAGAUUGUAGGAGGGUUUGAAGUUGAUAUAAACUUGUAUCCGUAUCAUGUGGCGUAUGGCUCUAAUUGCGGUGGAGCUAUCAUUCAUAAGAAAUGGGUUAUUACUGCUGGACACUGUGGUAAGAAGCCCUACGUAAGAGUGGGAUCUAAAUAUCUAAAUCAAGGUAAAAAAGUAGACAUCAAAGCAUAUUAUGUACAUCCUAAUUGGGCAGCAAAGAACAAGGAACACCCGUUCGAUUAUGAUUUUCAACUUUUGGAAUUGAGAGAGCCUCUGAAAUUUGAUGAAAACGUUCAACCAAUCAAAAUAGCACAUAUCCAAGAUAUGGUUAUUGGCAAAGUGAUAACUGUUACUGGAUGGGGAAACACAGAAGAAAAUGUAAGUGACAUUACAACUAACAACUGAGUCGUAAUAUCUGAAAGGCCCAUCAAAUAAUGAUUCAUUUGCAUCAGUCGACAAGGCCUGCAUUUGGAAAGGGAACCAUUUCUGUAAGCUCAUUUUAUUGGUCCAUUAACCAAUGAUAGCUAAUGAGCAAUCAAUAAAAAAAAAUACAGCAAUAGCAUACAAGCCCUAUCGACUAAUGUAAAUAAGCCAUUAUGGUAUGGCAAGAUGGAGCAUAAUCGACAGUGCAGAGACGUAAGUUAAUAAAUACUAGCAUUAAAAAUAUAUGAGAUUACAUAAGUGGAGUUUCAAUAA